AUGGCGCAAGCAGUCUCUGUCGACCGAGCGACGGGUGGCCCGUCAAAUCCCGUCGACUCCACCGGGCUCUGUCUGCUGUCGCUCGACGGCGGGGGAGUUCGCGGUCUGUCGACCCUCCAUAUCCUCAAGAGCAUUAUGACUCGGCUGAAUCACGAACGUCGGGAGAGCGGCGCUUCGGAACUCAAGCCGUGCGAAUUGUUCGACCUCAUCGGCGGGACCAGCACCGGCGGCUUGAUCGCCAUCAUGCUCGGCCGGCUCGAGAUGGACGUGGACGAGUGCAUCACAGCCUACAACCGACUGAUCAAGGCCGUCUUUGAACAGAAGGCGCACUGGACACCGUUGAGCUGGCGAGGACAAGUCCAACCACGAUUUGACAGCGCUAAGUUGAAAGCGGUCAUCGACGAGGUAAUCACAAGUCGCGGUUACUCCCCCACGGAACCGUUCAAUAAUGGGAAGUCUCACGGGUGUCACGUCUUCGUGUGCACGGCGGCGAAAGACCUGUACGGGAUCACACGCCUCCGCAGUUACGACCUUCCCGAGAAACCGAGCGUGCCGGCCACGAUCAGUGAAGCUGCCCUCGCCACGUCCGCCGCCACCGGCUUCUUCGACCCUGUCUUCAUCGGAGCUCGACAGUUUGUGGAUGGCGCGUUGGGGGUCAACAACCCCGUGGAAGAGGUGGAAGGCGAAGCCUCCGACAUUUGGUGUGCCGACACGGGCGAUGUGAAGUCGCUAGUGAAGUGUUUCAUCUCGAUCGGGACGGGGAAUCCCGGCAAGAAGGCGAUCGAGCACAAUUUACUGAAGUUCUUGUCCCAGACGUUAGUCCAAAUCACGACAGAGACGGAAGAGACGGCCAAGCGAUUUGUGGGGCGGUGGCGGCAGCAUUUCGUCCAGAAUCGAUACUUCCGUCUCAAUGUCGAGCAGGGACUCCAGGACGUGGACUUGGCCGAAUAUAAAGAACAGGGUCGCAUCGAGGAGGCGGCGCACCAGUACCUGGACGACCAGCAGCAAAUAUUCCGCGUGCGCGACUGUGUGGCGAAUUUGAAACAGAAACAAAAAGCAAGGACUGUCAAUGUGCACUGGAGUGUUAGACGUCCCGUCCAUACUUUAUUCACUGGACGAGACUGUAUUCUCGCGAGCUUGGAAGAUAAGAUUCAAAAAGCCCUGGUCGAGGUUACUCCUACCGUACAAUGUCGAAUUGUCAUCUCGGGAAUGGGUGGCCAAGGUAAAAGUGAGAUCUGCUUACAGCUCGCCCAGCGCCUUCGAACCCUAUUUUGGGGUGUGUUCUGGGUCGACGUCAGCACGUCGUCUUUAGCGGAGAACGGGUUCCUCGAUAUCGCCACCCGACUUCAGAUCUCGGCCUCGACGUGGGAGGAUGGCCGGCAGGCACUCGCCAAUGUCCAACAACCGUGGAUGUUGGUGCUGGAUAAUGCGGAUGACCUCGACGUCGAUUAUCAGACCUACUUCCCCCCUGGCUCGGCCGGCGUGAUGGUGCUGACAUCGCGGAAUGAGGAGUGCCAGCAGUAUGCCACGGCAGAUUUUGUGGCUUUAGAAGGGCUAACGACCGAGGAGGCUACCGCACUUUUGCUGAAAGUCGCCGGUGUUGCACCCGGUGCUGCUGGUGAGCAACAUUCUGUGCGAAACGAUGACGCGCGAAGAGUGGCCACCUUACUUCAAUCACAUCCUCUCGCCCUCAUCCAGGCCGGGGCGUACGUGAAGCGCGGCCACUGUGGGUUAGCAGAGUACCCCCGAGUGUACGAACGUCAACGGAAGCGACUCCUCAGGUUCCGGCCGUCGCAAGUUCAGUCGCGGUAUCGGGACGUGUACGCGACGUUUGAAGCGUCGGUGGAGAUCUUACAGGCGAGCCCGACGGAGUCGUCGCACGAUGCCCUGGAGCUCCUGCCACUCCUGGCGGUGGGCGGGCCGAGCCCGCUACCGCUAUCUCUCUUUGCUGCGGCAUGGACGGGAGCGCACGGAAUACGGGAGGGCGAGCCGGGGGAUGAGGAUGAUCUUCGACUGACGACAUGGCACGUGUCGUGUCUGCCCUCUUGGAUCACGGUCGGUGCAGAUGCGUGGGACUCGUUUCGGCUCGUGGAGGCGGUCUCUGCACUGAGGGCGUUGGCAUUAGUAUCGAGGCACGUGGAGGAUGGACAGGUGCGUGUAUCGAUGCAUCCGUUGGUGCACGCUUGGGCACGGGACCGGCAGGACGAGCGGCGACAGCACGCAUCCUGGGUCGCCAUGAGCUGUGUGGUAGCGUUGUCUGGAGGUGACGACAUGUGGCGCGUGCAGGCACGGCUACUGCAGCCUCACGUUCAAGCGACCACGUCAUGGGAGAUGGGGUGUAUGUUUGGGUCGGCGCCUCGGGCCGCCGUGGCCGGUAUAUUGGUUGCAUGUCGCCUACUGAUCGACGGUGGGUGGAUCUGUAUGACCUCAUGGGUCGGAACUUAUUGA